ACUGCUGGAUGAACCUCAGUUCAUUUUGGAUAAGCCCCAAUGGUUUGGAUGCUUAGAGGAACUUCUUAGUUUUAGAGACCAGGGUGGACAUUUUGGCAGACGAGCUUUUCUUGUGAGAUAUUUAGCAUCUUAGACUCUUGCCCUGGGUAGAGAUACAGCAUGAAUCUUUUAUUUAUAGUGUAAUAGGACCUUUUGGAUGUUAAGUAUUGUAGCUUGUUUCUGUCCAUUUUGCAAGCUGCAGUGAUACCCUGACCCUGCUCAGUCUGGGAGUGCAUUUUUUUUUUUUUUUUUUCCUCCUUUGAUUCCCGGAACUCCUUUGCUCUGAUCAGAGAAGAUGAUUAAAAGAGUGAGAAAACAAUACUUAAAUCUUCACAAACAAAUAAAUUGUUUGUGUGAAGUCCAGGGGGAAGGGGGUGGGGGAUACUAUUUAUCCUCCUGGACUUUCCCAUGUGGGUGAACUUCAGAGGUGAGGGCUGCUCAGUAAGGAGCUAGUUGUGCACUGCCUUGAAACCUGAGAAGCUAUCAAAUGUGACCCAAUGUCAGACCUGGGGCUGUAUCUCCAUUUUUAGGUUACCCAAAUGGUUCCCUUAAGUCCUCUAGUCUGGGGAGAGAGACCAGCAUGGAAGAAAAGGAAGUGGGAUAGCAAAGAGCAAGGGCUCUUUUCAGACAGGUAGCAGUGAUCUGCUUUCUAUGGCAACUUCUGUCUGACUUUAUUUGUGUUAACAUAAAUACACCUGUCUCUCAAUAGUGUAUGGGCACCUUGCCACUGGUUAGGCAAGGCACAUGCACACAGAGAGGGAGAGUUCUUGCCCCAGAAAACAUUACACUUUAAGCAGACAAGGGGAACAUCAUAAUCUACAUUUACAUAUAGCCAGUAAGACUGCGUCCAGAUGAGUAUGACUGUGCAGUAUGUGGUGCCGCAGACACAUCUGCAAUGCCACAAACCGCACGUUCAGCUGUUCUCCAAGCUGCAAGGGUGCAGCACAAGAGGUGUUUUUUUUUUUUUUUGACCCCUGGAUGUCUAGGGAUCAAAAAACCCAUUUAAAAAAAAAAGUAGAGUGGCGCACAUAUGGGCAGCACAUGCCAAUGAAAAAAGGAGCCUGGCCGGCCACAGCCACACUCCAGCUGCUGGCCAGGCUCCAAGCAGCAGGAUUGCCACUGUUGCAGCCCCAGGAGGCCCCCAGGCAAGGCUGCUGGAGUCAGCCCAAUGCUGGCCCAGCCUCCCCUCCCCCACCCAGGUUAUCCUGCUGCGUAUAAGAGGGUAUGUAGCACAGGUGUUCCUGGGUGACAACUAGCAGCGGCCCAAGGUGUCCUGCUGCUAGUUGUCCCCGGGGAACCAAAUGUCCACGCUUAUGUGGAUGCGGUCUAAGGGCCCAAUCCAGCUCCCCCUGAACUUGGUAAAACUUCCAUAGACUUUAAUUAUGCAGGAUCAGACCUUUAAUGACAUCAUGCCAAACUCUCCAGUACAGGCAUGUGUCUUUAUUGUAAUGUCUCAGAUGGGGAAACUGAGGCACUCUUUUAAGACGCCUCAAGUCGGACACCAGAAAUUACCAGCUGCUUCAUGGCAGUCUCCCCAUCCUCUCUUUCAGGCACUGGGAGGUGAAAGACUAAACUAUUCAAACUCAGUUACCAGAAUUUGCAUUUAGAGGCCGAGAUACCCAGCUUUCAGUAGAGGCAUUGAGCACCUGCUGCUCCUACUGUCUUCAGUAGGGGUUUUGGAUGCUAAGCACUUCUGAAUUAGCAGCUAUACUCCUUAUACACCCAGCCCAUCUCUAGCAUUUAGUCUGUGGAGCAGGGAUUGACUGUUUGCUCAGGUUGCUUGAAGCUGCUGGAAGAUGAUCACCAAUAUUAUUUAGGGAACCUAAAUUUGAAGAUCUUUGAUUGAUCUUCAGUGGGAGGAGAACCCAGGAGUCCUGACUCUCCAACCACUGCUUGGAAUCCUGUUCUUGCUCCAUUGGGUAAAUUUUCUGUCCCUUGCAACUGAGCAUCCUCUGUGGCCUCUGCUGUGCGGGACACUACAACAUCCCUGCACAUGUCCUGGUUCAAAGGUAGUCCAGGCCUGGGAAGGUUUGCCCUGAAACUGUUAUUAAUUCUGUUGAGGGAGUAAAAUCUGUAUGCCAGCUUCUCUUGACCAGCAGCACCAUCUCAGUCCUGGCUCCUUACAGCUGCCCUCUUAAGACAGAGGUGUGGCAAAAGUACUGCUUGGGUUUCUUGCUCCAGCAGCUGACACAAUGGUCCUCCUCAGUGCGGUCUGUUUGCUCACUUAGGACAGGAGGUAAAGGAAAGUCAGAAACAUGAGACCUAAAACUACAAGCCUGGGAAAGUUGGGGAGUGAGUUACAACCAGAAGCAAUUGGUUACCUUCAGGGCUUCUAGUUGGGAGAUAAAACUUCCCUCUCUGGUGCAAACUGCAAGUCUUCAGACUGUCAUGCACACACCAUUUCCAAGGCUAGAGCUUUCCCCGGCUGCUGAGAGAGCCAAGGAUAUUUUGGCAGCACCUCAUCAGGAUGGGAAAGGCAUCCUCUGUGGCAGGCUUUUCUGUGCUUGAAAGGGAAGCCACCUUAUUUCACUCCUUGGAGCUGCAGAUACUCUCCCUUGCCCAAUUCUGCAGUCAUUUCCCCAGUUCUAUCUUGGGUGCAUCUCCCAUCUCUAUCUCACAGAAGAGUGAUAAUCAGGGAUCCAGCUCUGGUCUCUGGACUACCAGGCUAUUGCCUUUACCACUAAACCUGUACCUGAGCCAGCAGAAACCAGUUACAGCUUUCAUCUCCGGUGCAGUGCCCCCUGCCACUCCCACAGCCACUCUCUUGGGAAGGUCUUAUUUUGGUGUAGCCCAGAGAAACAGUGCAGUCUGCCGAGUAGCACGUAGGUCUGGGGCCAGGAUACCUACCUUCUGUUUCCAAUGCCAUCACUUCCCCAGGGGCUACUAACACCAACUUUUGUAAAGCGCAUUGAACAAGCAGCAGUGCAAAGCAUUAUGACUGCAGUUCAACCCACUGCUUAAAGAGGCAGUGCUUCCCGGUAGUCUUCCUACAGUGCCGCCUUCUCCUUCAGAGCAUGAAUCACUUCAUUCACAGGCUGCUGUGUGCUAUCUGUGCCUGGGGAGCUCAGAUAAACCACAAUGGCCUGCAGUAGCUGAGAGCUGCAAGACCUUGUUGAGAGUAGGUGAAGUUAAGCAAAUGUUAAUAGAAAUUAGAGCCUGGUUUAUAUCUGCAAGUGAGGAAGGUUGGUUUUGUGGUUCAAAUGUUAAGUUCAAGUGCUUGGCUCUGGGACAGACUGUCUGGGUGACCCUGGACAAGUGACUUCAUGCCUCUGGUCAAGAUUAUUAGGGUCACUGAACCUCUUAGCUGGCAGGUAGCCUAUAAAAGAUACCUGAAAGGGGCCUGGUUUUCAGAGGCAGUGGUUGAUGCUCUUUGAAAAGCAGUGCACUUUUUAAAAGCCUCAAGUUGGGCACCAGAAAUUACCGGCUGCUUCAUGGCAGUCUCCCCAUUCUUUCUCUCUCUCUCGGAUGUUGUCUCCCUUGACUGUUUAGACAAGGUUCUUCUGCAGGAACCGUGCCUGCUUCUGUGCAGCCCCUAGCACAAUGGGGUAUAGAAUAUUUGGAUGAUAUUUUGCCUAUUUGGUUACAGUAAGCCCAUAGCACUAGAGAAUAUCCUGAUAGGGUUUCUGUUUUCAGAACCUGGAAAUAAUAAUUGGAUGCUAUAAUGUGAGGUUUCUUAUGCCUCUUUCUAGGCACACUGGAAAUAUAUUAAGAGGAGGCCCGCCCUCAGUUGCUCAGUGUUUUUGGUCCAGUCCAGACAGUCAGGGGCAACUAGGAAGCCAGAAGAAGAGGAAUGCAAUAAUUUUGAGCCAUUUGAAGGUCAAAAUCAGUGUCAGCGAUUGGUGAAGGUUAGAUCAGUUCAAACUUUUGUCUGCUCCCAGUGCUGGUACUGGCUUGAAUCCAAAGCAUGUUGAAGUGAUAGGAGCCUUUCAGUUGACUUCAGCUGACUUUGGAUCUGACCCAUAAACCUCUCAAAGCCAGCCAGAGGUGAAAACUGACCAGUUUCUUGAGCCUCAUCCCAGUGCAGCAAAUCUUUCCAUUGACUUCAGACUUGAAAUCAGACUUUUUGUCUUUCUGAACCGAAAGGAGCUGGACUAAAUCCUUUGGUGUUCAGGCUGUGCUCCUCCUGGCUGGACAGGGGAAGCAGGAGUGACUGUCACUGAAAAUGCGGGAAGAUGCUAUAUAUAAGGCGUCCUUGGUGCCAGGGGUAAUUCCAAACAUGUCACUUCAGUACAUGGCACAGUUCAAGGUUGUGUGUAUUUUAGGUCAGGCUCCUGCUGGAGAGGCUUCCUGGAUCCUGCGUUGUAUAAACAGAGAUGUGUUUCUGGUUCCCUCCUGGUUCUUCCUUUCCAGGGAUUCUUUCAUGCAAAAACACAUUCUUUCUUGCCUGUGUGAGGCAAGGCAUCUCUGAGUCGUUUCUUGAGGGCUCAGUCCUUCCUCUGGGGGAUGGUUCAGGACCUGCAGGUUCAGUGCUCAAGCUGCACCACUAAUGCAUAGUUUUGUCCUCUGCCCAUGUCCCCUGCAGGAUUUAUGCGGUGCCACCACCUGCGACACACUGGGCAUGGCUGAUGUUGGCACUAUGUGCGACCCCAAGCGCAGCUGCUCCGUUAUUGAGGACGACGGGCUCCCUUCUGCCUUCACCACGGCGCAUGAGCUGGGUCAUGUGUUCAACAUGCCCCAUGACAACGUGAAGGUCUGUGAGGAGACCUUUGGCAGGCUGAAAACCAACCACAUGAUGUCUCCCACUCUCAUACAGAUUGACCGUGCCAACCCCUGGUCAGCCUGCAGCGCUGCCAUCAUCACCGACUUCCUUGACAGUGGGCAUGGGGAUUGCUUGCUGGACCAACCCACCAAGCCCAUCCCUCUGCCAGAGGACCUCCCUGGGGCCAGCUACACCCUCAACCAGCAGUGUGAGCUGGCCUUUGGCAUCGGCUCCAAGCCUUGCCCCUACAUGCAGUAUUGCACCAAGCUGUGGUGCACGGGAAAAGCUCGGGGACAGAUUGUCUGUCAGACACGCCACUUCCCCUGGGCUGACGGCACCAGCUGUGGAGAGGGAAGGUUCUGCAUGAAGGGAGCCUGCGUCGAGAGGCAUAACAUCAGUAAGUACAGGGUGGAUGGCAACUGGGGGAAGUGGGCACCCUACGGCCAGUGCUCGCGGACCUGUGGCGGAGGAGUCCAGCUGGCCAAGCGCGAAUGCAACAAUCCAGUGCCUGCCAAUGGAGGGAAGUACUGUGAGGGCAUCCGUGUCAAGUACCGGUCCUGCAACCUAGAUCCAUGCUCCGAUUCAGUGCCAGGAAAGAGUUUCCGAGAGGAACAGUGCGAGGCCUUCAAUGGCUACAGCCACAGCACCAACCGGCUCACUGCCUCCGUCUCGUGGGUCCCUAAGUACUCAGGAGUUUCGCCUCGAGACAAAUGCAAGCUCAUAUGCAGGGCUAACGGCACAGGUUACUUCUAUGUGUUGGCUCCUAAGGUAGUAGAUGGGACCCCAUGUGCACCCGACUCCACCUCUGUCUGCGUCCAGGGCAAAUGCAUCAAAGCGGGAUGUGAUGGGAAGCUGGGCUCCAAGAAGAAGUUUGACAAAUGCAGCGUGUGUGGAGGAGACAACAAAAGCUGCAAGAAGGUUUCAGGGUUGUUCACAAAGCCCAUGCACGGCUACAACUUUGUGGUGGUCAUCCCAGCAGGAGCCUCCAGCAUUGACAUCAGGCAGCGAGGCUACAAGGGACUGAUUAAUGAUGAUAACUACCUAGCUGUGAAGAACGGGCAAGGCAAGUAUCUGCUCAAUGGGCACUUCAUUGUCUCGGCUGUGGAGAGGGACCUGAUGGUGAAGGGCAGUGUGCUACGGUACAGCGGGACAGGCACGGCAGUGGAAAGCCUUCAGUCCUUUAAGCCUAUCCAGGAGCCUCUGACUGUGGAGGUGCUGUCAGUUGGGAAAAUGACUCCCCCCCGGGUGCGUUAUUCCUUCUACCUGCCCAAGGAGAGAAAAGAUGACAAGUCCUCAUACAAGAGUGAUGGGAAGAGCCUGCCUGACCUCACCAACAGUGUCCUAAGCCUAUCCAACCGCCUGGACAUGGGCAGGCCGAGUUACAAACGCCCAUCCUACAAGUGGGCAGCUGGAGGCUGGGAGGCCUGUUCCGUCACCUGUGGCAAUGGGCUGCAGAAGCGCGCUGUGGACUGCCGUGACUCCUACGGCCACCUGGCCUCUGAGUGUGAUGCCACCCAGCGGCCUGUUGACGUCAGGAUAUGCGGAGACCCCUGCCCCACGUGGGAGGCAGGUCCUUGGUCCCCUUGCUCCAAAACCUGUGGCAGAGGCUUCAAGAGGCGCAUGUUGAAGUGCACAGCCCAGGCAGGGCAGCUGUUGCCUCGGGAUCGCUGCAAUCUCAGGAAGAAACCUCAGGAGCUAGACUUCUGUACCCUGAGGCCCUGCUGACCAGGCUGGUGGCACUUCCAAAGGAGGCAUGGUGUCUCUCUAGCUGGAGAUCCGUGGCUGAAGGUUGAACAGCAGCUGGGGGAAGGGAGAGGGGGAGCCAUCUGAGGUGAGGGGUCUGCUACAUAGCACAUACCAACAGACAAAGGAUUUGUAUGUGGGGAGAGAGCACGCAUGAGCGAGAGGGGCUCAGCGUGGUUUUGUGGAACAGGUCGCUCGGAGAUGGAGUAGGAUAAACAUCUACCUCGAAGCUGGCAGACUACCCAGACUCCACCACCAUCCACCAGAUGCUGUAGGCACGAGGAGAAAGGAUGAAAGGCAGGGCAAGUCUCCAGGGAUGCUGCCUGGGACUGAACCAAGGACAACAGAGGGUGUUCUUAUAUUGCCAUGGCCCAACCUCCCUCUGCUCUUCCCAGGGUCGCCCCUACCCCCCAACUCCCAGAGCACUAGUACUAGACAGGACCAAGUGGAAUUACCAUUGCAAUGCUGACAAAUGAUAGCGCUUAAUGACCAGUGCAGUGACACACUGGGGUGUCUCAUGAAUCGAUGCCUUCAGGGCUUGCUAGCAGUGACUGCAGCCUGGACAUGCUGCUGCCCUCCAGACACUUGCAGUGAUGUUUUCAUGCAGGGCUGCAAGUCCUUUUUUAUUUUCAUGUUUAUGGAUCGAACAAUGUAGAUUUUUAUGGUGCUUAACUCCGUAUUCUUACUCUCCUUCCUCUCAGUUGGUGCGAACCAUGUGUAACUGAGGCAGUUUUGUCAUUUCCAUUGACUCCUUUUCUAAGACUAUGACUUUCUAUGGUGCUUCAGGAAGGGUGUGUUGGGGGUGAUGAAUCUUCAAUAUAGAACAGGCAUGAAUUAAAAAAAAAAAAAAAACAAAAAAAACCCCACCAAAAACCUCUUCUGGCCCCAUGCUCAUUUACACUCUGGUCUUGUAAAUGGGCAUGAAUUGAAUUGGCAAGGUCCUGUUCUGCUGCAAGGGCAGCUCAAAUGGAUCUCUGUGUAGAUGAGAAUCAGGCCUUGGUUCCAGGAGGCAGUGCUCAGUCGUACUGUUGUGCCCCUCCAUAGCACUUCCUCACCUGAGAAUUGGCAGCACUGCCAAUGGCACAUAACUACUAGGACUGGCAGAUGCUGAGUCAGUUUUCACAGUGGUGCUCCAUGCCAUGUGGUGCCCAGGACUAGCCCCCACCCUCUUCCGCUAGAAUUUUUUUUUUUUUUUUUUUUUCAGGGUUUAAAAAAAAAAAUUAAAAAAAAAAA